UUUUCACCAUUCCGCAUGCCAGUAGACAUUCUCUUUAGACCCGUUGUCAGUUCUAUAAUGGACAUCAUUAUAACAGUUGUUUGCCUUUUGGGAGCAGUGAGCUCACUUGUUACAAUUGUUCUGAAUGGGAAUUUGGUUUGGAAAAUUGUUCUGAAAAAAUCUAAACGAAAUGACGACUUGCAACUCUUCUACUACCGUUUCACAAUGGACAUUUGCUUUUCGACUUGCUUGCUCGUCUACAUUAUUUUUGUGAUACUUACAAUGGAGGUACCCCACUUAUUCAGUAAUCAUCGUGGUCUCAUAGUGACCCUGGGCCUUCCAUGGUCCAACUUUGCCACGUGUCGGUCUGCAAUUGCGCUGGCAAUUUCACUCGAGAGACUCAUCGCUGCGUAUUUUCCAAUUAGAUACCGAACAGCUAGGAACAAAAUUCCGAACUUUUCCAUUUUCUCCAUGGCUGUUGCAUUUGCCCUAUCCGAAGAGCUUGUGCUCUUCGGAUUUUGCUCCUACAGUUUUGACAUUCCUCCAAACUGCCGAGCAUUCGGAUGCGCAGUGAAUCAAUGCUUCUAUAACUUUUGGACAGCUCACAGAACUAUAAUAUUUGCCAUAAUUCUUGUAUCCUCUAUAUUGCUGUCAGUGAAAUUGUUUGUGUGGAACAAUUCCAAAGGCAAACAGAGCAGCAAGCAUCUUUCGAAGACAAACCGACUAGCCCUUCUGAACACCUGCACUGUCUUCAUUUUUGACUUUGUCCCAUCUUUCUUCGGAACCAUGUGGCCUACAGCACCAAUGUUCAACUUUGAUCUCGUCGGGCCCUACAAUGCUGUCUCUAAAAUCACUGGGUGUGCAAUUGACUCGUUCCUCGUCUCCAGACUUCUGCUGAAAAAAGAUCAUGGAGUUGCAGCAAGUACUGUAACAACUAUACUUCAAAAAGUCUCAAGAAAUUCGUCCUUAUAAUUGUUCGAUUUUAAUCACUAGCGUUGUGCUCUUUUUUAAAUAAUUGUCUCAUGAAAACCUUAUUUGUGCAAACAUCGUGACGCAAAAAUGCGGCCGAAAAUAAAAUUUCCAUCGACGGCAAA